AUGCGUACUCGAGACAAGAUGACUAAAUUGGAAAAAGCAAGCGCUAUGGAAUUUGGCAGAUAUCUUCUUCCACUUAUCCAUGGCCCAUUUGUCAACAUCAGAAUCAGCCCUGACGAUCAUGAAUACAAAGUUUCCAAAGGUCUUCUCUGCACAGACUCCAAAUACUUUUCUGCGAUGUUCGAACCGAAGUUCUCGGUCAGUUUCAAGGAGGGAAAAGAGCAGUCUGCAACCCUCAAAGCCAUCAAAGGUGUUCUUUCAACUAGCAGCUUCGAAGCUCUUCUACAAUGGAUUUACCUUCGCACAGUCAGGUUCGAGGCCAUGAAACCUAAGGAUGAGAUUUCAGCUGCAAUCGAACUCGCAAGACUUGGCGAUAUGUGUAUGGUCACUGGGCUGGAAUCCGAAAUGGCCAACCGUAUCAAAGAAGUCAUCACUGCGAAUCCUUCCAGAAGACAUCCAAGGAAAGGGGACGUUGACAUCAACAGUCACUGUCUUGAGCCUUGCCACUUUAAGUCCAUCGCCUUCUUACCACGAGGUCACAAAGUUCGUCAAAUUUUAGCUGCAGCCUCGGUUGACGGAUAUCUUCGAGAUGGCGGAUACAGAUUUCUUUCAGAGGUUGAAGAAGACCCAGAACUUGCAGUAGAAAUUCUCAAACAAGUACGAAAAACCAUGGCCGAAGUUCCUCAAGUUCCUCAGGCUCGGGGCAUUGGUCGCGGUCUCGCAACUGCUACUGAUCCUUUGACUGGAAGGGUACUGGACAUUGUUUGGAAAGAAAACGUUGUCUAG